UCUAUAUAAACGGCGAUGGGAGAACGUAUUUGCAGUGUCAUUUUCGUUAUCACAACCAGCUCAGACUUCUGUCUUGAGAUAUUUUUUCAGCUUCUUAGCGAAAUGGCUAUGGAGGUAAUUUCACGUACACCACCGUCAUCGUCGACGUUGAAUCCGAACGCACCUUUGUUCGUUCCGUUGGCAUAUCGGACGGUGGAGGACUUUUCCGACCAAUGGUGGGCCCUGGUACAGUCCUCUCCCUGGUUUCGCGAUUAUUGGCUUCAAGAAUGCUUCCAAGAUCCCGAAACUGACCCUUACUGUUACGAUAUUGACGAUCCUGCCCUCCCCGACAUCGACGCUCUCUUCGACGACUGCACCGGAAGCAAAGCGGAGGAGGAGAAGGAGCAUCAGAGGGAGUUGGUGUCGCUGGGGGCGUUGAAGUGGCGGAAGACUCGAGAUCCGGUGGUGACGCCUAGGCACUUCGAGAAGGCUCCGAAGAUUGUGAACGUGAAGGUGAGUCCGAGGCCGAUUCAGCAGCCGCGGUAGAGCGACUCCGAUGCUUGUGGCGUCAAUGAGUUCGAGGCCGGCGAGCUAGGGUUUCCUGGUAGUUUGAGUUUAUUUGUGCUUUUUUUUCCCUCUUUGAAUGUGUACAGAGAGAUCACUCUAACUCGAUGCAUAGAUCUUCAAAAUCGCGGUCAUGUUCUGUGUAUGUGUCUCUAAUAAAUAAAAUUUGUUCAAAA